GAUCCUGAAACUAACUUCAUUGCCUGCUAUAUGUAAUGUCCGCUGUGGUGCCUGGCUGUUAUGUAGUCCAGAACUAUAAAAUGAGUUCUCCGUAUUUUAUGCAACGCAGCUCUGUCCUCACCCGGAGUAGCAGUACUGGAAGAGUAGCUGCGGCCUCUUUAAGUUCCAAACUCACCAGCACACAGAGAGAUGCGGACACCAGUUCUGCAGUGAAGGUGGAGGCGGAGGAGGCGACAGUGUCCAAACUCGAGUCAUCCACCGGUGAACAGCAGACAGAAGCUUCGUCACAGCCUCCACACAGUCGCAGGAGAAGGCAGGUUAAGGUGGAAUAUGACAGAGAUGAUGGUAUUUCCCAGGUAAAGGUGGAGCACUGGGAGCCUCUGGAUUGGAUGAAACAGUUGGGUUUCAUCCGGGAGAUGAGGAGCGGUCGCGAUGCUCCUGUGGAUAACAUGGGAGCAGAGAAAUGCUAUGACGCAGAAGCCCCUCCACAGGUGAGACGCUUCCAGGUGUUGGUGUCGCUCAUGCUGUCCAGCCAGACAAAGGACCAGGUAACGGGAGCAGCUAUGCAGAGGCUCCGAGCACAUGGCUGCACUGCAGAGAACAUCGUCGCCACUGAUGAUAAAAAACUGGGAGAACUCAUCUAUCCUGUGGGCUUCUGGAGGAAUAAGGUGAAAUUUCUGAAGCAGACGUCAGCCAUGCUGAUGACUGAGUUUGGGGGAGAUAUCCCAAACAGCGUGGAAGGGCUGGUUCGCCUGCCGGGGGUCGGACCUAAGAUGGCUCACCUGGCCAUGGACAUUGCCUGGAACCAAGUGUCUGGAAUAGGAGUGGACACACAUGUUCAUCGCAUCUCCAACAGGCUGGGCUGGCUCAAGAAACCAACCAAGAACCCAGAGGACACACGCAAGGCCCUGGAGGACUGGUUACCUAGGUAACUACAUUAUGAUCAGUACAUUCUUUAAAAGCCAUAAUGCUGUAA